AUGUAUGUAUAUGUCAGGUAUCUAAGCGGCGGAGCUGUUGGGUCAAGGUCAAGGAAUAGUUCUUAUGUGAUGUAACGUCCGUAAUACCCAAUAGGGUCGUGAUGCCGUCCGCCAAUCACUGGGUAGAAUCCUUCCGAAGGUAGUCUUCUGCUUCUGAACGAGUGAGUUAGGACGGUGCAGUAUUCUCGUAACGGUAGCAAUGCUACUCCAGCACAUGGUAUCGUCUCAAAAAGGUUAUCGAAGGAAGGGAUUCCCAACGCAUUAAAAGUGAAAGAAUUCGUCUAGUAAACCCGUUAAAGCAGGCCGGCCACACUCUUCUAUUUCAAUCUCUAUAGUGUUUUUGAUAUUGGCUUAAGCGCUCGAGUGAGGAGCUAUGGAAGACGCCUUGGAAAGUGAUACAACGCCGGUUUCAGAGGCCGAACUGAAGCCAACUUCGACCAUUGCACACGAUGACUUUGGGUGGUUUUAUGUUAUACCCUACCUUGUAUGGGAGUUCACACGGAGCAACUUUGCCACGUUCGUCAUCCCGAAUUCGACCUUUGGGAUUCUAGGUGCUCUUGUACCUGCAUUUGCUACUGUAGGAUCAAGCGGGCCGCCUACGGCUCUUGAAGUUCUCCAACGAUUUCCCAUCGUCAUCGCGUUUAACUGGUAUAAUGUACUAGUUUUCGACCUCGGCAACCAGCGCUCAGCAGAAUCGAUCCAGGAGGAUCUUCUAAAUAAGCCGUGGCGGCCCAUACCGACCGGGAAAGUUACCCCGGAACAGACCCGGAGAGCCUUGCUUCUUUUCAUCCCGAUCUCACUAUGGCUCAACUACAGCUUAGGAGUCUGGGAGCAAGGUGUUAUGGUACCUAUUUUGAGUUACCUUUACAACGACUUGAGAGGCGGUGACGAAAUCGUCCGAGACCUGAUUAUCGCCGUUGCGUAUGGAGUUGCCCAUAGCGCCUCGCUGAAGAUUGCUAUUGGCAAUGACAUCAGUCGAGAAGCGUUUAUAUGGGUAGCCAUAAUUAGCGGUGUCAUUCUGACCACGAUGCAAGUUCAAGACCUGAAGGACCAAGCGGGGGAUAGGACGCGAGGACGCCGAACGGUGGUCCUGUUCAUAGGAGAGUGGUUUUCGAGGACGUCCAUCGCCUUCUUCGUGGCACUUUGGUCCCUCGUUUGCACUAGGUUCUGGCACCUCGGUCUACUGGCAUUCGCAUUGCCAGGCAUAAUCGGAAUUGUGGUUAUCACUAGGGUUCUGCUUAAGCGAACGCCGGCGGAGGAUUCUCAAACGUGGAAGUGGUGGUGCUUGUGGACGAUAACUCUGUUUUCCUUACCCGUGAUUGCGAUGACCGGCAGUUGAUGUAACGGUUAGGAAGGUCACAUACCGUAAAGCGUACUAUGUAAAGGAUGUGGGUUGUGGGAUGCGGGCCGGGGCAUGGGAUACUGUGGUCCCUACCAUUGACCAACCUCGUGGUUGGAAGUUUGGAACUAGAUAAAGAAUCUACCGUAAACUAGCCUUCUUUUAGUCUAAGUUUUAUACCCUUGGGCUAUCAGUAACGAUCAUGUAC